GAGUGCACCUUAUCUGUGGCAAUGGCACCACACAUCACAUGACAUGACAUGGCGUCUCUGUCUCUGCAAUUCAGCGGCCUCAGGUGUUCUCCACUCUCCUCUUCCAUCUUCUCCAAACCCUCUCUUUUCACUCAACAAUCCCAUAAGCGCCUUUCAAUUCCCAUACUCAACUCCAUAGCAAUAUCCAAUGCUCAGAACAAAGAGAGAGUCAAACUCAAACAACUCUUCCAUGAAGCCUACGAGAGAUGCCGCACUGCUCCCAUGGAGGGAGUUUCCUUCACCAUCGAAGACUUCACUGCCGCUCUCGACAAGUACGACUUCGAUUCUGAAGUUGGCACCAAGGUUAAAGGCACUGUGUUCUACACAGAUGCCAAUGGAGCAGUUGUUGAUAUCACUGCAAAGUCUUCAGCAUAUUUGCCACUUCAAGAGGCGAGCAUCCGUAGGGUUAAGCACGUGGAAGAAGCUGGCAUAGUUGCUGGGUUGAGAGAGGAGUUUUUGAUCAUUGGUGAGAAUGAAGCAGAUGAUAGCUUGAUCUUGAGUUUGAGGUCUAUCCAGUUUGAUCUUGCAUGGGAACGUUGUCGACAGCUUCAGGCAGAAGAUGUUAUUGUCAAGGGUAAGAUUGUGGGGGCAAACAAAGGUGGAGUGGUGGCUGAGGUGGAAGGGCUUAGAGGGUUUGUUCCAUUGUCACAAAUAUCAACGAACACAAAUGUAGAAGAGCUUCUUGAAAAGGAGCUUCCUCUUAAGUUUGUGGAGGUAGAUGAGGAACAAUCUAGACUUGUUCUGAGUAACCGCAAGGCCAUAGCUGGCAACCAGGCACAGCUAGGAAUUGGAUCAGUAGUUACUGGCUCUGUUCAAAGCCUGAAGCCAUAUGGUGCCUUCAUUGACAUUGGUGGAAUUAAUGGUCUCCUUCAUGUUAGUCAGAUAAGUCAUGACCGUGUAACGGAUAUUUCAACUGUACUUCAGCCUGGUGACAUACUAAAGGUGAUGAUCUUAAGUCAUGAUCGAGAGAGAGGUCGAGUAAGUCUCUCCACUAAGAAGUUAGAGCCCACACCUGGAGACAUGAUCCGCAAUCCAAAGCUUGUCUUUGAGAAGGCGGAGGAGAUGGCUCAGACAUUCAGACAGAGAAUAGCCCAAGCAGAAGCUAUGGCUCGUGCAGACAUGCUUAGGUUCCAGCCUGAGAGUGGAUUGACUCUCAGCAGUGAUGGGAUCCUGGGACCAUUUACUUCAGACUUGCCUGAAGAGGGACUGGAUCUGAGUGAGGUGCCACCAGCUGAAGAAUGAUGAUUCACAAUUUCGAGGUCUUUUUUUUCCUUACUUUUUUUUAUUUUUUUUUAUAUAAUAUUGCUUGUAACCAUCAAAUAUUUAUCUAAGUUGCUUACAUUUUUUUGCUCGAGUUAAUAGAUAAAAGUAAAACUAUCAAUAUUUGGCUGGAAUAUAUUCAUCGUCCAAUAAACUUGGAAGACUAUAUUUA